CCUACGUCUUAAUUUUAAAUUAAACUUAAAAGUGCUGAUAACUUUUGAAGCCUAGUCACAGUUUUUCAAAUCUUUACAUAAUGAACACCAAAAUUCGUACUCUUAAGCCGUUGUUGAUGACGCAUAAUAUCACAAUAAAGCAAAAGUAAUUUAUAUAUAACAUUGAAACCGUAUGUUCGGUCUUGGAUCUUGUUUGUUUGGACUAUAAUUGGGAGGCGUUUUUGGUUAGUUCUCUGAAGAUGGCUACUGUUCUCCCGAAGUUUUCUGAUUUGUAUAGUUUGAAAGAAGAAGUAGGGCGUGGGGCAUUCUCAAUUGUUCGGAAAUGCAUUCAGCUCUCAACAGGUUUAGAAUUUGCCGCUAAGAUCAUAAAUACAAAACGUCUGUCAACCAGAGACAUGCAGAAGUUGGAACGUGAGGCCAGAAUAUGCAGGCUCCUGAAGCACCCUAACAUAGUUCGCCUAUACGAUGACAUUCAGGACGAAGGGUUUCACUACCUCGUAUUUGAUUUGGUAACUGGUGGUGAACUCUUCGAGGACAUUGUUGCUCGAGAAUUCUACAGUGAAGCGGAUGCUAGUAACUGUAUGCAGCAAAUUAUUGAAAGUGUGAAUUAUUGUCAUCAGAAUAAUAUUGUACAUCGAGAUUUAAAGCCAGAAAAUUUGUUGCUUGCUAGUAAAUCCAAGGGGGCUGCAGUGAAACUAGCGGAUUUCGGUCUGGCGAUAGAAGUUCAGGGUGAUCAACCAGCUUGGUUUGGCUUCUGAUCUCUAUCGUACUACUGCUCAGGUUGAGUCAAAUCCAGGAAACAUCACGCCUACUUUCUUUUUUGGAUUAUUCGUGUGCCAACCAAGUCGUUACCAUUUGCAUUUCUAAAUCAUAACUAUGGCUAAAAGUCCCAUAAUACUCUGGUGUUUCCCGAAGUAAGGGCACAAUUGUUUCCCUAGGUGGAGUUGUAUUCUUGGACCAGUUGGAAAACGUUUUUGAAAGUUACUUUUACAUACUUCUCAGGUUUUGCUGGCACUCCUGGUUAUCUUUCUCCAGAGGUUUUGCGUAAAGAACCAUAUGGUAAAGCGGUAGACGUCUGGGCUUGCGGUGUUAUUCUUUACAUCCUUCUUGUUGGAUAUCCACCAUUCUGGGAUGAAGAUCAGAAUCGAUUGUACAGUCAAAUCAAAUCGGGAGCAUAUGAUUAUCCUUCACCAGAAUGGGAUACAGUUACCCCUGAAGCUAAGAAUUUAAUCAACCUAAUGCUAACAGUCAGUCCUGCAAGGCGAAUCACAGCUGCAGAAGCCCUCAAACAUCCAUGGAUUUGUCAACGAGAACGUGUCGCUUCCCUUGUGCAUCGUCAGGAGACGGUGGAGUGCUUAAAGAAAUUCAAUGCACGACGUAAAUUGAAGGGUGCUAUACUUACGACUAUGCUAGCCACACGCAAUUUUUCUAUGAAAAAGGAUGACAGUUCUGGUCGGGGUACCGUUCCAGGAAGUCAUACUUCUGUAACUAAGAAGUCUAAUGAUGGUAUUAAAGAAUCAUCUGACAGUUCUACUGCAGUAAUGGAGGACUCAGCUGAUAUAAAAACUUUCCCGCAGUAACAUAUCGAGAUGUGUACUUACCGUUAUUUGUAUUCGCAUUACGAACUAGUGGGUAUUAUUCGAAGAUAAGUUUGGUAUUUAUUAUUAUUUUAUCAUUGUUAUUAGUAGUGUAUUGCUCAUUAUUCCAUCUUUUGGUGAAUUGUCCUUUCCUUCAUUUCCUGUGGAGUCCGUUGAUUAUAUAUAGAUUGCUAAUUAGUUUUCGUAAUUCACUUCUCACUUUAGUUUGAUCAAUCCGUACAUGUUGCAGUGAAAAAUCACAUUUUUAUGGGUGGUUCAUAGUUACAAUAUUUUAUUCACGUUCAGAGUAAUAAACUUAUAUUGUUGAUGUAACCUGUAAAUUUAUUAUAAUAAUCACGUAUCCCAUAAAACUCAUGGGUAAACGUAAAGUUGAUGGCUUUUAUGUAUAUAGAUAUUUGAGCCUCGUAUGUUCAAGAUAAUUAAAACACCAAAUACGAAACUAUUUAUAUUUACUUCAUUGAUCUACCAACAUCUGCAUAUAGUCUAAGUCCCUAAAUGAUUGGUAGUUCUUCAUUUAUAUGUAAUGAUGUACCUUUUAAGAAAUCAGUGAAAUAAAAUCGAUUCAUUUUAUUCACUUAUUGUUACUUUUGACCAAGUCGACUUAGGCAAUUAAAUGUACUACUACUACCUACUACAUAUUAAGUAACUGUUUGGUUGUAUUCAGAAAAUUGAGUCUGUAUGUGCACAAAAACCCUGCUAUAAUAUUUAUUAUUUAACGUUACUAGAGAAUCGCUUAUGAAUUCAUGUAUAAUCAACGGUAAAUGUGAUGUGAUUCAAUAAAUCAAAUCAUCUAAUGACUGAAUUACAUUUAGAUUUUAAAAAAAUUCAAUUAAAUAAAUCUCAAUUGUUCUCAGUCCAAAUAACUACUCUGUGUAAGAAACUUAGAAAAUUUUUGUUUUUUGAAGGCAUUUUUAAACAGAUCAGCGUCAAUAUUUGUUUUUACUGUUCUAGAAAUCGAUUACUUGUAGAAGUGUAAAAUUAUCUGAUUUACUCACUUCUUUCUAAAUUCUUAAUUGUGUCUCAUCAUUUGUAAUUCUACUAACUAUGCUUACUAUUCACCUUGUUUGUCAUAUGAGCUAUUAGUUAAAACAGAUACAUGAUUUUGUCUCUAGAUUAUUUAUACUUCAAUUUUAUAUAUAAUUUUCGGCUGGAAUUUUACACUGUUUGUCCUAGUGCCAGCUCUAAUAAACAUCUCACUUGUCUGCUUUCCAACUGUAACUUAUUGACUUAAAAUAAAUACCUUUGGUUGUUAGGUCUAUGGUGUAUUAAUUACCCACUCAAUAUAGUUUCAACAGUCUUAAUGAUUUAAGAGAUGAUAAUCAAAUAUAAAUUUAAAGUUUACAUCACGUACUAAUCUUAGUUAGUAAACCAUAUAGAACUACGAAACACUGGACAGAUGUUUCGUCCUAAUAUGAGACUCAGUGGUGCGUAUCCACGGACUUUCACGACAUCGAGCCCAAUACUUUCGGUCUCGCCGUUAACAGUUAACUACUAAACCACUAAACAGGCAUCCAAUUAUGUACAUAUCAAAUUUGAAUAAAAUCCCUGUUUUAAAGACUAUUCCCUUCUACUCGUAGAAUAUAUUAACUCAAUCAUGUUGAACUACGUAAAGUAUAAUGAUGCAAAAGAUCAAAGAGGCUUUUUUAAACAAUUUUCCUGUCAUUUUCAUUUCUUAUGUGUUAACGUUUACAGUUGAGCAAAUGCUUCCUCUAAAACAAUUCUUUUCAUACACUUAGAAUGAUUUUUAUCUGAAUUUAAAAUUUAUUCAGUUUUGUUUAUUAUGCGAUUCACUAACUGUAGAAUGUUUUAUAUGUAAUGAUUUAACAAUCCGAAUGCAGCAAUCUCAUGCUCUAAUAAUCCCUAGUAUAUUAAUUACACAUGUUUCACACCUAACAUUCAAUAUUGUUGUUAAAGGCUCCACUUAACUCACUUUUAGUAGCAUCCCAAGCGUAGAUAAUGGACUCCUUAAUCAAUCGUAUGCAUUUUGCUUAUAAAUAAUCAAGCUCUCUGAGAACAAAACUCCAUCAAAAUCAAGCUCUCUAUGUUCACUUACCACAUAUUCCAGUCAGUUUAACAAGUCUCUUGAUAUCCACAACUUAAGAGCAUUAUUAUUCAACUUUUGACAAUGAUGUAUUCUGCACAGCUUUAGUCUUUUCACUAUGUACGGUUAGCUGAUUAGGCGUUAGAAACCCAUAUAGUUACUCAAUCGAAUAGCAAAACAUAACAAUUAGUCUAACAUAGAUUUCUCACAAAUUCGCGUACCUAAAAUACAAAUACUUUUCCAACUGUUGCGUCAUCGAAAUUCCCAGUGUACAAUCUUUUAACAACCCUCAACAAAUAGCAGCUGAUGAAACUUCCAGUUUUUAAUUCUUUUUUACGAAAACUUUCACACCUCACUCGUAUCUUCCCCAUACUUAAUUUGAAUCUUCAUAUCAAUAGAACAUGUUUAAUUGACCUGUUAAUACAAGCUGUGGUGAUUUACUUGUAUUUUGCAAAUCAUUUUCUUAAUCUUAAUACUUCUCCGCAUUUCAUGUACCCAUCAUAACUUCUUGAUACGUUUUCGUCUUUACUUCGACAUUUUCUAAGUUUCUGUAAAAAUUCUUUUCAUUCCUAUGAAACAUCGAAUUUAUACGGACAAUUUUCAAAUGUAAUCUGAGUUCAUCUCAUUUUUCUUAAAAGACUUAAAGAUAAUGUGGUUACUUUUAAAUGUGCACGUUCGUUUUUGUCGAUUUGAUUGAUGUUUUCCGUUCUUUUGAUUAUUGUCUCAUAAUAUGUGAAAGUUAUCAUAAAAGGAUAUCUUGGAUACGCUCAAUUGUAUCCCAGUGAAACAUCUGUCUGAAUAAUAUAAAAGUAUUGCGGUUCGCGAAUGUAGAAGAAUGUGUAAUUAUUACUGAGGAAUACAUUUGCUUCAUAAUUCUCCUUUCCAUUCUCCACGCCUUGCGUCUUUGUUUUUGCCUGUUUUCUAUCUAUUUAUAUUUUGAUGUUAAAUUUGUCUGUCAGCAUAGAUCUUUCCAGCUUAGAAAUUACUACUUUUAAUGUGCCCGAGUUUUGCAUUGUGUCUAUGAAAAUACGCAUGAUCCAUUACCGACUCAAUAACGAUUUAUAACCCGACUAUCGAUAUUCCACUAAUAUUUUUUAUAUGAAUAAAUAAGUGCGUAGUUUUUUCGUGUGUGUGUAUUUUUUCAUUGUUCUGACCAGCUUGCUAAAAUGUACAAAUCUAUUAUGUUUCGUAUUGUAGUUUAAUAUUGUUGCUUUUCUGCCUUACCUAAUACAUACCACGUCCAGUUAAUUAAUAUUCCAAUUUAUUUGUAGUCAACCAAACACUUUCAUUUCCACUUCAUGAUUGAUACACCGGCCAUUUGUUUUUUGGCUGUUUUCCUAAUGUUACACUUUUUCAAAAGAUUGCCUGGUAGUCUUAUAUACAUUUAUAUACAUGCUUAGCUUUGUUUCAGUUGAUGCUUUUGAAGUUUAAGUUACUGAUUUGUAAGGUUUAUAACACCUAGUGUGUCCUUGCUUAUCAAACAUUAUUAAUUCAAUAUCCCUAUGGUUUAACUGUUUUAAUUAGUCCCAUUAUUAAUUGAUUAUAAAUUUUAUCCAUAAAAAGUAACCCAUGUAUUGUAGUAUCCUUUUUUAACAAUUUUUGUUUAUAUCUAUAAAUUUAUUUAUUACUAAUAAUGAGCCCCAUAUGUCUCUAGUUUUGGGACGUUUUCGUACCAUUGAGACAACCCAGUAAAGAACUCCGAGAUAAGAUAUAAGGUAUUUGGUGAGUACGGAGAAUCUUUUGAAUGUGUCUGUAAGUCCUCGCCAACUGAGUUUCUUAGGUAUUAGCGGGAUAUAGAUUAGAUUGCGGCACUUUCCGUGCAGGACUGUUGAGGCACGCUGAUUGGCUACUUCUUGACCAGUCAGCGCUAGUAGAUACUCGGAGAAGAUUUGGUGUGUUAUGUAGAAAUUAUGAAUAUACUAACGUCUUUCUUGUUGUGAUACCGACUUGCGUUCAACCAUGUUCAUUUGGAAUAUAAUUACGUUACUGUUCAACUGUGUUCUAAUAUGGGUAGCUUGUCGAGUGAAAUAUUGUCAAUAAAUAUUCAGUAUUAGGAGUAUCUGGUACGUAGUAAGAGAAAUCCUAACCCUGGGUCAUCCGUUACGUUUACUAAAUCACGUCUUACUUCAACGUAAAACCUUGACCGGAGUGUUUCAUAUAAGGUAAGGGGCGCCAUAGUAUGACUUAACACAGUCCAAAACGUUUUUGGCUACAGGUAUGAGUUGUGUGUUGCUAAGUCCAGACCAAAUGGCUAGUAUUUACCCGACAAUCUUGGUGAGUGUUCGGAGGCAACUAUAAUUAAUCCUUUGUCUUAUGUCUCAGAAUCGUUCCAUACUUUGCGAUCCGUAAAUUCAUUCCUUCUUUUAAAAUCAUAUUUUAUUAAUUUAUUCCUUUGUAUCUAUAACGUUGCCAGUGUAUGGACUCAGUAACUGUUCAUUUUUCCUUCCUUUCUCUCGCUGAAAUAAUGUCGUGUGGUUACUUAGGUUCAUGCACAGGUUCUACACUUUUUAGUUUAGAUGACUAACAGUUCACUUUUUUUUUGAAGUGAAGAACCUCACCAAUAUUAGGAGACUGUGUACACUGACCCAAGGUAGAUACACGUAAAAUCGUGGUUCGAGAUUCCUAGUUAAUCACUCUAUUCAUUCUUUUCUCGUUAAACAGGCAAAAAGCAGGACAUCAUCCGGGCAACAGAACAACUAUUGGCUGCUGCUGCAGCUGGUGACUUCGAACUCUACCUUAAAUUUUUGGAUUCUCAAUUCACCUAUUUCGGUCCAGAAGCAUGUGGGAAUUUACUCGAAGGGGCUGAUUUCCAUAAGUUUUACUUUGAACAAAUCAUUCCGAAAUCAGUUGUUCGUGCUAUUCAUACCAGUAUACUGAACCCGACUGUACAUUUAAUGGGUGAAGAUGCAGCUUGUAUUGCCUACACAAGACUUACUCAGUUCCUAGAUAAAUGUGGUAUGCCCCAUACACAACAAACAGAAGAAACCCGUGUUUGGGUAAGACGUAAUGAUCGUGGCUGGCAGAAUGUCCAUGUACAUCGUUCUUGUUUAUCAGCAGGCUCAGGUGGUGGUGGAUUCGCAAAUAUUAGUACAACUGGAUCAGCUAGUUUCAACUAUCCACUUUAGAAUCAAAAUAAUAUUGCUCAGAUCAUGAGAGAUAUUGAAACAAGGAAGUAUAUGUAUACAUAUACUAUCAGAAAUUUUAUGCUUUAAUAUUGAAUCAAUUCCGUUUGUCUUUUUGCGUAUUUUCUUUCUUUCUUAAAAUUUCAACAUGCAAUUUAUCCAAUCAAUAAAAACCAGGUUUAUCUGAUUAAAAAUAUAAACCUAUUCAUUUUGUCGUUUCUUUGCUCAUGUUGAUAUGCACAUUAGUUUUGCAAUUCGAUUUUAUAAUGCAAAAUCUGGUUACUUAGUCGGUUAAAUGUUCACUUAUCUUAAUGGUUAACUUGUAUGUGCAAUUAAAUUCUUGCUUUAUAUCCUCGUUGAUUUAAAUUAUUUAUUCACUGAUAUUCUCUGGUGUUUUUAAGUGUGCGGUUAAAUAGCUGACAUUCCACUUUACUCAUUUGUUGUUAGUUUAUACUCAAGUAAUACGAGAUUUCUUUCUGUUAAUACUGACCUACCACUUACCCACAAGACAAAAAUAUUAAGUUGUUUCUAUGUAAAGAAUUCUGAUUGGUAUACCACUUUAUGUUUAUUGUUACAAAUGUUAAUGAUUGUUGGAACUUGUGCACGAACAAUUACUUGUAUAAUACAUCACUGAACUUAUGAAUACUUGUCUUAUCAGGCUAUAACAUCUACUUACCUGUCAAACAGGAAAAACACAAUAUCUAUGCUACUUUUAGUGCGCAUUUUGCAACUUAUGAUCUACGUUCAUUCUCUUCUCACUUUUUGCCCCUCUUCGUAUCUCAGUCCACUUGAUAUUUAGUUUUUUUUGAUUUCCUGAGUAUUCUUCCUGGACUAUCUCAUGAUUUUUUGUCCAUGGCUUGUUUUAAAAAGAAUAAAGUCCAUGCAAAAAAUCUUCAGUUUACAUAGUCCACACUUUUACCAUUAUUCGUUAUCGACUGUGAUGCUUUCCUUGUGUUCUGUAUUUUUGUUUAUCUUCAAUUAACUUAUGAAUAGUACGGACUGAUUAUAAUUUCGUAAAUGUUAUUCGUACAUUUGAUUCCUUCCACUUCAAAUUGCUUAUUUUUGAUUUCUACAUUGUCUGUUUUAUUAUGCUUUUCUUUCAAUUAUUGCUACAUACUAUGCUUUCCAAAUAAGCAUGCAUGUCUUUCACUGCUUCGUACUUAUUAAAUUUAAUAAUAUUUAUCAUUAUCGUUAUUUCGUCGUGGUAAAAUUUUAACUUUUUCCGUACGAUUGUUUGUCAAGCCUAAUUUAUUUAAUCAUCGUUGUGGUCUGGACAAAUAAUUUAUUUCGAAUUAUUAUAUCUUGUUCCUGUUAUCUGUCUUUUAGAUUCUUAAACUUUUGUAUUUGUACCUGUCAUAAUGAAUAUCCUAUAAUCUUCCCUAUAAAAGUAAUUAACUACUUAUAUUUAUUUCAGUGGAAAUUAUGAUAUUUAGGAUUUCUAUGUCUUACUUUCUUGGUUUAUAUGGGUUCGAAUGUACAUGAGUUACGUUCGUGAACCUUUUUCCACCAAAAUAAAUUGAAGAUAUAAGUGUUCAGCGUUCAACAAGAGACAGUAUUCGUGAUAUUAUUUUAACUUUCCUAGUCAAUUUGUCAGCAUCUUUCGUUUGAAGUAACAAACCUUCACAUAUUUAUUUCUGUUCUUAUAUCUACAUUCAGUUUUUACUGUAUGCUUCCAUUAAACUUAAAAAAAAUUCAAUACAUCUGUUUUUUGACCUUUAUAUAUUUUUCUUUAUUCUAAGAAUAUAUUAUUUUAUUCUAAAAACAGUUGCACAUUUACUGUGUUACUACGAAGGAAAACAUCACUUUCCCUAAUUAUACGUAUGUACUUGUGUUUAUAAUAAACUUAUGUGUAACAAAGAAUCGGCCAGUAAGCUAAAUCCAAUGCUUUAUAUUGUUCGACGACCACUACAGUGGUGUAUUAAUCAUUGAAUAUAAUCUUCUGUUUUAUAGGCGCCUACUUGUAACCGAGUCUGUUUUCCCUUAAUGUUCCUCUCUAAUUAAAUGUUGGUUUGCUUUCUAAGCCGAUAAAAAUAGUGAUUUCAGUGUGAAGUCUUUUCUCGGUGAUGCUAUGUGUACCUGUUACAUUUGUUUGUCUGCUUUUCUGAUUAUUUACUUGUUGUUCCGUUGUUGUUAUUUUGUUUCCUACAAAAAAAGGUCAAAACAGGUUCACUAACGGAUCUUUUAUGUUUCUUGUAUUUUCUGUUGUUAAGUAUUAUUUGAUUAGGAAGAUUAACCAUGACUGAAAAUAUUAUAUUUAAAAAACUUACCUGCAACAAUUUAUCUGUAACCUCGUAUUUGUUUGGUUGUUUUCUCGUUAUUUAUUAUUGUUUAUUCCUCAACCUGUUUAUUUCAUUCAUUUUGCUCACACACACCUACCCAGCUUACAUGUCGACUAGCUGGUGAAAAAGCCAGAAAUACAAGGUUACUCUUAAUAUGGAGUUUAUUUUUAAUGGGGAACUAAUUGGAAAACUUGGGAAUAAUUCAUUUGAUUAUGGCCGUUACUGCUGCCUAUUUUUGUUUAAACCAUUCAUUGUGAAGGCUCAAACUGAGUUUGUCAGUAAGUUAGCUUAUACAGUAUUAUUAGACUAAUCUCACUAAAAAUUCAAGUUAAAUAUGUCUUCUUUAUACAAAACUGAUGUUAGAAUCAAAGUUUAUUUUCUACUCACUAAUUAGGGAAUUUCCUUGAUUUAGAUAUAAAAUUAACCAUGAAGUUUAUUUUAUCAUAUAAUCGUUGAUAAGUCGCGAUAUAACAUGUGAUUUAUUCAUCUAUUUGAUUAUCCGUAUUCUGCAGCAGUCAAUUAAGAAUACAUAAAAGCUGAAAUAUGUUUUCAAAUAGUAGUUAUCACUCCGAAGAAAACUAAACCAAACUCGUGUCUAGUCUGUUAAGUUCCCUGUUCUGAGUAGUUCAUUGUUUACAAAGUUGAUAAAAUUUAGUUAGGUAACUGCUUUCGUAUUGAAAGCACUGCAGUUUGAUUGUCUUAUAGGGUUAUGGUGUCAUAAGUUUGAUUGCUUCAUUCUGCUAAGGAUCACAUCUCGAUGUAGCCACAGUAUUGAUAGUUAGCGCAUGAUAGAUGUUUGUAUUGAUCCAACUUCUUUAGAUCCUUAAACAAUAUGUCAAGAAGUAUCUUUAAAUAAUGUUAUCACUCAAAAUACGAACUAGUAAUACUGAAGGUUUCUAAACUAACAUCCUUCGUAAGAGAUAAACGAGACUAUUUUCAAAGUGUUGAACUCUAUUAGCAUGGAUUCAAAAGUGAUCGCAUCACUAUUAAGCUUAAUUCUCGUCAAAUCCAUCUUAUUCUGAUGCUAUAUUUAAUAUUAGCACUGCUCAUGCACAUUCGUUGCAUUUCACUAUUUAUUCAAACUUCGAAAUAUUAAUCAAAUUAUAAAUAAGGGUCUUAAGGUAUAUUUUAUCACAAAUGUAUAAUAUCGUUUGUCCUGAUUCUGACACAUUGAGGAAAAAUCAAGUUGUUUACCAGCAUUGAUUACGAAAUGUUUCGAAUAAAACUGUUAUACUUCCAAUCUACGCUCCGACCAAUGCUAAACGAUAGUGAAGACUACCGAUUUUCUCAUUAUUUGUCUGCAUACAACAAGUAGUCCAGAAAUGAAAAUAUAAUCUUUUUCUGAAAUAAAUAUGAAUCCCACUGAAUGAUCGACUUUCUAAAUGGCUGUCUACAUAUAAUUAACGUAUGAAAAGAAAAGCGUCUUUUGUGAAAAAUUUGUGGUUUGGUGACCCAUUACAUAGAAUGUUGAAAUGAAUUUUUAUCCCUAAUUACCUCACACUAAACACAUUUUAGCAUAAAUUUAUUUUUACUGUUCCGUGAAUGUAAGUCUUUCAUGCAAUUCUGGAGCAGCUUGUAUUUUAUAUUCACCCAAACGAAAUCAAAUGAAAUUUUUAUAAAAUUAAUUUGUAUUUAACAGAUUUCAUCUAAAAUUCCAGAAAAUAGGUCAAAUUUGUGUAUAUCUUGUCAGGUGGAAGAUUUAUUAUAUUGCACUAUACAUGGUGGCAAGAAUAUCCGACGAAAUAAAUAUAUAAGAAAUCAUAAACAGACUUGUACCACCAAUAAAAAAACCUAUUGACCAUCUGGUGCGCGACAUUUGAUCCCGAUUAAACUAGUUUCAUAUGAAAAAACGUUUGCUUAUAUUAGACAAUACGAUUGGCGGCCUAUAUUUAUUUCACUA